UUUGCAUGUUGACGUCGUUACUACACGGUACAACAUACAGGGCAUACAGCCAUCAACUUUAGAUGAGCUGUUGUGUGUGUGUCGCGACUGUACGGUUUGAAGCGGUCUGGUAGAAUGUAAAAGCAGCAAGCGAGCAAGCUGUUUGGUGGCAGUUGGUGUCAGAGAACGUGUCGAAAAUGUGCUAACCGUUUUGUUAAAAAACUCAAGAGUUGUGGCAUAUGUACAAAAGAUAGUUAGUGAGCGUUGUUUAUAUGUGCGAAGUGAUAACAGUGCAGGUUGAUUACAGGUUGUUACAUUCCUUUCUCUCAUAAACAGGUGCUCCACGUGAUUAAGAGGAGUUCACCGAAACCUCGGCGACGAUGUCGCAUCACAGCGACGACAACAUGCUCAUCGCCACGAGCGACUCCUUCUGGGAGCCGGGCAACUAUAAAAAAACGACAAAAAGAAUCGAAGACGGCUAUCGACUUUGCGGCGACUUGAUCACUCUCGUGAACGAAAGAGCCGAAAUCGAAAAAGCAUACGCGAAAAGUCUUAAGGCGUGGUCGAAAAAGUGGAAUGACCUUAUCGAGAAGGGCCCAGAAUACGGGACCACGGAAGCAGCAUGGAAGGGUGUCCUGGGUGAGGCCGAUCGGCGAUGUGACGUCCACAACAGGGUCAAGGACAACCUUUGCAACGAGGUCAUUCCAAAAAUUAAGCACUGGCAAAAGGAAACGUACCACAAGUCAAUGAUUCACAUCAAAGAGAGAAAAGAUAUGGAAGAUGCAUUUAAGAAAGCACAAAAACCUUGGUCCAAGUUAUUGCAAAAAGUGGACAAAGCGAAAAGUGACUAUCACACCGCCUGCAAGACUGAAAGAUCGGCAGCUAAUCAAGAAAGGAACGCUAAUGGUGAUCCUUCUGUAUCGGCAGAUCAGGUAAAGAAAUUGCAAGAUAGAGUUCAAAAGUUAAAGGAGGAAGUUCAGAAAACCAAAGAGAAAUAUGAAUUAGCUUUACAAGAAAUAAAUAAUUAUAAUCCGAAAUAUAUGGAGGAUAUGACUGUAGUUUUUGACAAGUGCCAAGAUAUGGAAACGGAGAGGUUGAAGUUUAUCAAAUUAACCCUUUUCGAUAUUCACAAACACCUUAAUAUUUCACAAGAUCCAACGUUGCCACAAAUUUACGAGGAACUUUAUCAUACAAUAAACAACGCCGAUUACGAAAAGGAUUUGAAAUGGUGGUCUAAUAAUUAUGGAGUUAAUAUGGCAAUGAACUGGCCUCAAUUUGAAGAUUAUACCGAAGAGUUCAGAGAUAUUUCGAAAGGCAAAUCUAAGGAGUCUGUACCGAGUGGAAUUAUGCUUAUUAAUCAGAGGCCUGUCGGGGAGGAUUUGCAUGACUACAAUUCAACCACAAGCUCCUCAAAACCGUCGUCAGUUAAAACAAAAACUACAGUCGUUCAAAAUAAUACAACGACCACUCAUCAAGAAAAAACUGUCACCACAAAAACCCCUGAAAAAACCGAAAACGAUUCCAACAGGGCUUCAACUAUAACGAAUGGAACGCCUAGCAAAAAUGAACCCAAUCCAUUUGAAGAAGAAGAAUGGGAUGAUAGUGACGCGUUGGUAGACAAUGGAGAACCUGGUAUUCCUGUGAAGGCUUUAUAUGAUUAUGAAGGUGCAGAAAAUGAUGAACUCAGCUUCAAAACUGGUGACAUUUUUGAAAAACUAGAAGAUGAGGAUGAGCAAGGAUGGUGCAAAGGACGUAAAGACGGCAGGGUUGGAUUGUACCCAGCGAACUACGUCGAAGUCGUAUCCCAGUGAUAAGAGCGUCAACUGUUGGUUUUUUUGUUGAAGUUUUUCAAAAGUAUAUAUACGUUUUACGGAGCUGUUGCUCAAUUAUUUAUGUUAAAAAAAAGGAAAAUGCGAGAAGAUAUUUUACAAAGAUGUACAUUAGGUAUUAUAAAGUAUUGUAUUAUUUUUUAUAGAGUAAAGAAAAGAAAAUAUUAACAGUUCAUUUAAAGUGGACGUGGUGUAGAAGUACUUCGAGUCACAUGUCGAGACUGCAAAACGCAGUGUAAAUUAUAUAUAUGUAGUCUUGAUAUAAAUUAAUUGUACAUAAAAGGCAAGCAUAAUCGCAACACUUCCAGGAUUAUCAUGUAUUAAUAGUACAAUUACUACUAUUGUUUAAAUAAGCAAUAAACAAGUAUCUAC